AUGGCGGCUUUACCAAAGAGAAUCAUCAAGGAGACAGAGCGAUUAGCGAAAGAACCUGUUCCUGGUAUCAGCGCAGUUCCCCAUGAGGACAACCUCAGAUACUUCGAUGUUUCAAUCCAUGGUCCACAAACGUCCCCUUAUGAAGGUCGGGAUGGAACUGUAAAACACACCCAUGUGCACCUUUCUAAUGUUCAUGUAGGAGGUAUCUUCAAGCUCGAGCUCUUCUUGCCAGAUGACUAUCCUAUGACCCCACCAAAGAUCCGGUUCUUAACAAAGAUUUACCACCCAAAUAUCGAUAAGCUCGGACGCAUCUGUCUAGAUGUCCUCAAGAGCAACUGGUCCCCGGCCCUCCAAAUUCGCACUAUCCUCCUCUCGAUCCAAGCCCUUCUAGGUGCCCCAAAUCCCGAUGACCCACUUGCACCGGAUGUAGCCAAAAGAUGGAAGGAAGACCAAGAAGGAGCGAUUGCAACGGCCAAGGAAUGGACGAGAACUCACGCCAUGACUUGA